AUGAAUUCUUACAACUUCUCUGAGAAUUAUAUGAUACUGAGACCAGAAGAUGUGAGAUUUUUCGACAUUUUUCGGGUCUUAUGGAGCGAUGAAAUCGAGAAGAAAGCAUUCGUGGAUUAUCCAAAUGGAAAGGAAGAAAAUCUUAAUAGAAGAUGGCGUAUAUUUCUAUCCCUCCUGGCACAAAAGAUCUUGCAGUUGGCUGCCAAGCCAGUGUCAUGGUUUGGAUCGAAGUUCGAACUGUGGCUCAACCUUAUAUCUUGUAAUCAUGACAUUUUUAUGCUCUUGUACAAUGCUCUCCGAGGUAAGGUGGUUUUACCUGUGAAAGAAUCAGGAACAUUCUUGUCGAUUCUUGGACAUAUGGACAAGCGUAUCCACUUGGACAAGAAUAUCAAACCUGAUAACUGCAGAUACUACAGUGCGCUCUCUGUAAUGGCAGCUAAGAUAUCAUAUGAGAAUCAAGCCUUUGUCGAAAAUGUAGUCAGAAAUCACUGGAAUAUGGAAUUAAUUGGACACUACGAUUUUUGGAAUGAUUUUCAAAGAAAAUGUACAACACGAGCCAUAAUGCUUCAUGAUAAAAAUGCAGAACCUGAUAUAAUUGUUGUGGCCUUUAGAGGCACCGAACCCUUCGACACAGAUGAGUGGUGUACUGAUUGUGAUGUCUCCUGGUAUGAGCUUCAAGGCAUGGGAAAAAUUCAUGGCGGGUUCAUGAAAGCAUUAGGCUUAUUAAUGCACGAAGGGUGGCCAAAAGAUUUUGAACAAGAUCAAAACCGUCCAAUAGCUUACUACACCAUAAGGGAGAAACUGAAACAACUUAUGCAACAAAGUGAUCGAACAAAGUUCAUAUUAACUGGCCAUAGUAUGGGCGGGGCACUUGCGAUUCUCUUCCCAGCCGUUCUAGCAAUGCACGAGCAGACAGAUUUAUUAGAAAGAUUGGAAGGUGUAUAUACAUUUGGACAGCCUAGAGUUGGAGAUGAGGAGUUCAAGAGAUUUAUGAAAUUUCAACUGUUAACCUACGGGUUUACAUAUUUGAGGUUUGUUUAUUGCAAUGACGUUGUUCCAAGAUUGCCUACUGAUGAUUCAACAUUUUUGUUCAAGCACUUUGGGACAUGUAUCUACUAUGACAGCUGCUACAAAGGCAAGAUUAUUCCAGAAGAACCAUACAAGAAUUAUGUAUCGCCAUUUGCACCGUUACCCAGGUUUGUAAAUGCUGUGUGGGAGCUAUUAAGAAGCUUCAUUAUGCCAUACAUGAAGGGACCAGAUUAUGCAGAAGGUUGGUUUCUUAAAAUCAUUAGAUGGUAUGGACUUAUAAUGCCUGGUCUUGCAGCUCAUAAUCCACAAGAUUAUGUUAACAUGACUCGUCUGGGAUCUGAUUCCUUGUAUUUUCGAGUUCGAGAACAAAAUUUUAGGAGUGUCUCAGAUUUUGGUAUAGCAAAAUGA